UUAAAGAUUAUGAAUGUAGAACGAAGAACCUUCCCCAUUGUUAAACUCUGUUGAAUCAAAUGAAAGUAUUUUAAUGCAAACCAAUAAUGCAACACUAGUUCUUCCAGAUCCAUCUCCAUUGCAAUUCCUAACUACACUGCGUUCUCAACAGAAGAGAAAGAGACGCGAGGCAGAUCACUCUAGUGAUAUCAUUUUACGUUCUAUUGAUGAAUCUUCCGAAGAAGACUCCGAACCAAAAUUUACAGAUUCUGACUCUAAUCAACUUUUUCAAAAGCGGGCUCAUUCUGCUCCAGAGCAGUUACAAAUUAAGUACUAUGACUCUGAUAAUCCUCCACCUCCUACUCCUUCUCCAAUUGAUUAUUCCAGUGAGGAUCCUGACUUUACCGCUUAUGUCGAUGCUUUUCCAAUUGAUUAUAUAUAUCAUCUUCAACUGUCUGUCACUGUACCAAAUACAUAUAAGCAAGCUAUUAGUUCACCACAACAGGCUCAAUGGAAAGCAGCUAUGGAUGACGAAUUAAAAUCACUUCUGGAAAACAGCACAUGGAGUCUAUGUGAACUUCCAAACAACCGUAAAGCUAUUGGUUGCAGAUGGGUUUUAGCUAUGAAGGAUAAUGGUGUAUUCAAAGCUCGAUUAGUUGCCAAAGGUUUUUCUCAGGUUGAGAAUGUGGAUUAUUUCCAUACCUUUACUCCAGUUGUUAGAUACGAGUCAGUACGUUUG